AUGAAUUCUUGUGUUUUUAUAAUAAUUUUCUGGCUUCUCUUGCUACUCCUUGUGACUACAACUGGCAGCCAAUUGGUAGCUGCAGGAGGAAAUGAUAUGAAAAAGAAGUGUUUGGAUAAGGAGAGAGAUGCUCUGCUUCUUAUCAGAGCUCCCCUACAAGACCCCCAUGGUACUCUCUCUACAUGGACAGCUGACGACCAUGACUGCUGCAAUUGGAGUGGAGUCACGUGCAGCAACCAAACAGGUCAUGUCACAGGGCUUGAUAUGCGUUUCUAUGGUCUUGGAGGUGAGAUAAGCCAUUCACUGCUUAACUUAACCUACUUGAAUCAUCUUGAUCUUUCUUUGAAUUAUUUCCAUGGAACCAUUCCCACCAUCAUUGGUUCUUUGACUCGAUUAAGGUACCUUAACCUUGGCUCGAAUGAUUUUAAUGGGACCAUUCCCAGGUCAAUUGGUUCCUUGACAGAGUUAAAUAACCUUGACCUUUCAUCUAACUCUCUUUAUGGAACAAUUCCUCCAGAGUUUGGAAACCUCACCAACUUGCAAUACCUUUAUCUUAAUUCUGUUGGAAGGUGUAGAGUGGAAAAGGUAGAGUGGUUGUCUCAUCUCUCUCAGUUGGAGGUACUUGUAAUGGAUGGGGUUUCCCUGUCCAAAGCAAAUCAUUGGGUAGAUGCAAUUUCAAGUCUCCCAAAACUAUUUGACUUAAGUUUAGAUGGAUGUGAACUGUCACAGGUCAUGUAUCCAUAUUCUUCUUCAUUUCUCAACUCUUCUUCUUCAUCUAUUUCUUUCCUUUCUCUCAGAAACAACAAUCUCACCUCAUCCAUGUAUCGUUGGUUGUCCCCAUUAACCACCAAUAACCUCCUUUCUCUUGAUCUCUCUGGCAACAUGUUAGAUGGGAUACCCAAAUAUUUUGGUAACCUCUGUAGUUUGGAAUAUUUGGGAUUUUAUAAUAACUCUGCUGUUGUCAAAUUUCCUGAUUUUCUCAACAACUUGUUUGGAUGCACGUCCUUGACCUUACAAAUGUUGAUUACUCGAGGUAGCCAAUUUACAGGGUCACUGUCCGAUGAGAUCCAGAAGUUUGCAUCCCUAGAAUCUCUGUACCUAUCUGAUAAUCAGUUAAAUGGAAGUAUAAGUGAGAAAUUGUGGGAACUACCCAGCCUUGAAACUGUUAUCAUUUCCUUUAAUAAUCUUACAGUUCCUUCCACAUAUCACUUGUCAAACAUCUCUUAUGUUAAAUAUCUUGAUCUGAGCUCUUGCAAGGUAGGGCCUCGCUUCCCCAAAUGGAUUCAGACACUCAAAAAUCUUACCAGUCUUGAUCUUUCCAAUACUGGAAUUUCAGACGCAAUUCCUCUGGAGUUUUGGGACAUGUGGCCUUCUCAAUUAGAAUAUCUGAAUCUCUCUUCCAACAACAUUAGCGGGAAAGUACCAGAUUUAUUAUCGAAUUUUGCCUAUGAUUCAGUGAUAGAUUUGAGUUCCAACAGCUUUCAUGGUCCGAUACUGAAUGUUCCUUCCACUUUGUCAAUAUUAAAUCUUUCCAGAAACAAAUUCUCUGGAGGAAUCUCAUUUAUAUGCCAAAUUGUUGAUGGGUUCUUAUCAUUUCUUGACCUCUCUCAUAACUCAUUAACCGGACAACUCCCGGACUGUCUGUGGCAUUUCGAUCAACUAGAAGUUCUUAAUCUCGGACACAACAAUCUCUUUGGAAGGCUUCCUCCCUCUAUUGGAUCUUUGAUACAACUCCAGGUGUUGUAUGUAUACGAUAACAACUUCUCCGGAGAAUUGCCUUUGUCCUUAAAAAAUUGCACGAGUUUAAUCUCAUUGAAUUUGGGGGCCAACAAGUUUUCUGGUAAUGUGCCUGUCUGGAUUGGGGAAAGCUUAACAGGGUUGUAUGUUGUUAUCCUAAGAUCAAACAACUUCUUUGGAACCAUCCCUUUACAGUUAUGUCAGUUACCUAAUCUUCAAGUUUUGGACUUGUCAAUGAACAAUCUCCAUGGAAGCAUCCCCUCAUGUUUGAGUAAUCUUACGAGCAUGCUUCACCAAGGAGGAUUCUCACAAGAUGUAUACUUUCAAACAACUAGAGGUUAUGCAACUAGAGCGGGGAGAUAUGUCGACCAUGCACUGAUCGAGUGGCAAGGAGAUGAACGUGAAUUCUUGAACACUCUGAAAUUGUUGAAGAGCAUUGACCUGUCCAGCAACAAUCUAACAGGACAAAUCCCAAAUGAAAUUACCAAUCUUUCAGACUUGAUUGCCCUGAAUUUUUCAAUGAAUACUCUAUCUGGAGAGAUUCCACAGCAUAUUGGUGAGAUGAAAAAGCUUUUGACUUUGGAUUUAUCCAGAAACAAUUUAUCAGGGAAGAUACCAUCAGGCAUGUCUCAGAUGAGCUUACUGAAUUACCUAGACUUGUCAUAUAAUCACUUUUCAGGGAGAAUCCCAUCUAGCACUCAGCUUCAGUCCUUUCCACCUUCAACAUACCAUGGAAACAAAGACUAUGUGGACCUCCCCUUACCAAAAAAUGUCCAGGGGAUGAAGAAUCGAAGCAACAUCGGUGAUUGGUAA